CUUUGACGGCGGUGAUGAUGUGCGCGCGGAGAAUCGCGCCGAGCUAUCGAGUCAACGGUUGCCCAACGACGUGUAUUUAGGCUGGCCCAUGCUAAAUUUAAAUCAGUCCGUGGCGAGGCCGCCGAACGCGAUACUCCACGCUCUCUCUCUCUCCCAUCGAUCUCUCGCGAAGCUCUCCACGGUGUCUCGUUUGUUCGAGAAGUUUCUCGGGACACGCGCGGCGGUGGUGAAUAUUCGGCAGUGGUUUCGCUCGUGGCUCGAAUCGAACGCCGGUUCGCGAAUGGCAGGACGAUAGGGUACGCGUGUUCCGCGGUGUUCGCUGCAACUAAUUAGAUCGCGCAAUGGCUCUCAACGUGGACUCAAGAUGUGCUGCCGUCAUCGUCGUCGGUUUGUUGAUAGCAGCUCCAGGGAUCCAUGGCAUCUCACGUCCAAUUAAAGUCGGCGCAAUCUUUCAUGCAGGCGACGAAGAGCACAUGGCUGCGUUCCGAACGGCCGUGUAUAAGACGAGAUUCGAGCACGUCGCGCCCGCAUUCGAGCUGCAGCCCAUCAUAAAGCAGGUGGAGGUUAAUACCGACAGCUUCAAGACCGCCGCUGCUGCUUGCGAGCUUCUGGAGGAGGGUGUGACGGUAAUCUUCGGUCCAUCGAGCCCGUACACUUACGGGAUUGUCGCGAGCAUCGCGGCGCGGUUCGAGGUGCCGCACGUGGACUACUUCUGGCGGCAGAACGAGGAGCUGCAGGACGGCCAAGAGCCGAAAAACCCGAUGCCGAUGACGACCAACGUGUAUCCCGAUAGCGACAUGGUUAGCAAAGCGAUCGCCGACGUGGUCGAGUCGAUGAAAUGGAACACUUUCGCGGCUGUAUACGAGAACAACGACAGUCUGUCGCGGAUCCAGAAGGCGCUGUCCCUCCAACGGAAGAGAGACAGCCUGGUGACGAUAAGAAGGCUGAGCGAUGGGAUGGAUUAUCGACCAGUGUUGAAGGAGCUUCGCGCACUGUCCAUCUGCAACGUGAUUAUCGACGUCAGCCCGAGCAACGUCAUCGAGGUGCUCUAUCAGGCGAAGGAAGUCAAACUGCUGGGGGACUACUGUAACUUCUUGAUCACUUACCUGGAUUCGACGAAAUUGCCGAUCUCGGACGUGCGAAACAAGACAACGACCAACAUUACGGGACUCAGCCUGCGGGAGAACGACGUGGAAGGAAUUAAUUUGGUGGAAUCGGCCAUCCUGUACGACGCCGUCUUCAUGGUGUACAACACGCUGGAGACCUUGAACGCGAGGAACAUGUCUGUAGCUAUUGACCCGGUACCGCUCUCUUGCGAAGGGGAAGAGAAAUACAGCGCAGGUCCCGACAUUAUCAACCUUAUGCGUGAGCUUUCCAACGAAGGGAAGAUCGGAGGUAAGAUCACGGGGCCAAUAAAGAUCGACGAGAACGGACGACGUCAGUCCUUUCAAAUACAAAUUAUGGACGUCAGACCGGAAGAGAGCGUGCAAACAGCGUACUGGCUACCGGAUGGCCUUCACUCGGUCGACAGCGAGGAAGGCCGCGAGAGUUAUCUGUACAAAUCCAUCGAACAGAAGAAGUUCAAGAUCAGUACCAAACUGGGACCGCCGUACGUGAUGGAAGUGACGGACAGCGCAACCCGUGGUAUACUGAUCGAGCAAACGCGUUACGAGGGCUUCUGCAUCGAUCUCAUCGAGGAGAUUGCGAGGCUGUUGAAUUUUAAAUACGAGUUCGAAUUGGUACCGGACGGUAAUUAUGGCACGUACAACAAGGAAACGAAGCAAUGGAACGGUUUAAUCAGACGCCUACUGGAUCGUGACGCGGAUUUAGCUAUUUGCGAUCUGACAAUCACGUACGAGCGGGAGAGCGCGGUCGACUUCACGAUGCCGUUCAUGAACCUAGGUAUCAGCAUUUUGUACAGAAAACCGGAGGAGAAGGAGCCGAACUUGUUCUCGUUCCUGUCACCGUUGUCAACCGACGUCUGGAUUUACAUGGCGACUGCUUUCCUGGCAGUUUCGAUCAUGCUGUUUCUACAGGCUAGAAUAGCGCCCGGCGAAUGGGACAAUCCGCAUCCGUGCAAUCCGGACCCGGAGGAAUUAGAAAAUAGUUUCGACCUGAAGAACUCUAUGUGGCUCACUGUCGGCUCUAUCAUGCAACAGGGCUCUGACAUACUUCCGAAAGCACCUUCGAUUCGAAUGGUCGCUGGUAUGUGGUGGUUCUUCACUCUGAUUAUGGUCUCCUCGUACACCGCUAAUUUGGCCGCCUUUUUGACCGCCGAGAAGAUGGACAAUCCGAUCAAAAGCGUCGAAGAUCUAGCCAAACAGACGAAGAUCAAGUACGGGGCCGUGGAUGGUGGCUCCACGUCCGCCUUCUUCAGGGACUCGAAUUAUUCAACGUAUCAGCGGAUGUGGGCGACGAUGCAGGAGACGAGGCCGAGCGUGUACAUGAAAACGAACGACGAAGGCGUCGAACGAGUGUUGAAGAAAUACGACUACGCUUUUCUCAUGGAAUCCACCACGAUCGAGUACAAAAUGCAAAGAAACUGCGAGCUCGACCAGGUUGGCGGCCUUAUCGACAACAAGGGAUACGGUAUCGCCCUGCCGCGAAAUUCCCCGUACAGGACGCCCAUAAGCGGCGCGAUAUUGAUGCUGCAAGAGAAAGGGAUGCUCCAGGACCUGAAGAAGAAAUGGUGGGUGGACCGGGGCGGCGGGCUGUGCAUGAGUAUCGAACAAGAGCCGACGUCGUCGAGCGAAUUAGGAUUGGCCAACGUCGGUGGUGUUUUCUUGGUCCUUCUGAUCGGGACUUGCGGCUCAUUCAUCAUCGCUGUCUUUGAAUUCCUAUGGAAUGUACGAAAGGUCGCCGUGAAGGAGAAGGUCACCCCGUGGGAGGCACUGGUAGCGGAAUUAAGAUUCGCGGUGAACAUUUGGGCGGAGACGAAGCCGGUUAAAAUCUCGAAGAGCAGCGGCGCGAGUUCGAUGGAGGGCGGCAUCGGCGGGGCGGCCUCCACCACCCGUUCAUCGUCGGCUCGUUCCUUCGGCUCGACAUCCUCGACAAAUUCGACAAAGAUAACAACACCAACAGUCGCAGCGACGACCGCAAGAUCAAUUGAAGAUUCCAGCCAACCACAGUCGAUCGAUAAUUUGGCUGUAAAGAACGAACGAUCCAACCGAUCAAUCAAUUGUUCAGUAGCAAAGCCAACUCGACGAUCGAAUAAUUUCAAUCUUGCGUGCUCGAUCUCUUCCAACAUUUAGUUCUGCAAACAUUAUAAGCGAUCGACCAAACAAACGCCGUUUACAGUGGAAACACUACGGCCUCCUUCGGUUGAAUCGAACAAUUUCCUGUAACGUAAUCGAUGAGCUACGGCAGGAGGGAACAACGUCAGAUUCGUCAGAAGCGAAUGGA